AACGCCUCGACAGAGUUGCAAGAGUGCUGUGUUUUCUUCGCCUUUACGACCACAGAAGAAGGAUCGGACGACUUUCGCGACCCCAACGACAAAGUAAAGAAGAAAAACUACCGCCAUGAGUGCAGAGAACGACCCCGCUCAGCGGGUCGCAAUUGGUAUUUCCUUUGGAAACUCGUACAGCUCCAUUGGAUUUACCACUGGUGAAGGACGUGCAGAGGUUAUUGCCAACGAAGACGGAGAUCGCCAGAUUCCCUCGGUACUCUCCUACGUAGAAGGCGAGGAACUCCACGGUGGACAGGCCAAGACACAAUUUGUGCGGAACGCGAAGAACACGGUUGCAUACUUCAGGGACUUUCUGGGCCAAGAGUUCAAGUCGAUAGAUGCCACGCCCUGCCACGAGUCCGCCCACCCCCUCCAGCAUGAGUCGACUAUCGCCUUCAAGGUCAAGGACAGCGCAGAGGACGAGGAGAACGAGGUCACCGUCAGCGACAUCACAACCCGCCACCUGAAGAGGUUACGAAAUUCGGCCGCCUACUACCUCGGAAAGGAGGUCAACGCCGCCGUCAUCACCGUCCCCACCAACUUCUCCGACGCCCAGAAGGAGGCGCUGAACAAGGCGGCAAAAGAGGCGGGCAUCGAGGUGCUCCAGUUCAUACACGAGCCCGUGGCCGCUGUGCUGGCAUACGAUGCUCGUCCCGAGGCGAAGCUGGCCGACAAGAUUGUCGUUGUGGCUGACCUCGGCGGCACCCGCUCCGACGUCGCUGUCGUUGCCUCCCGCGGCGGCAUCUACACCAUCCUUGCUACCCUGCACGACUACGAGGUCACUGGCCUGAAGCUCGACCAGGUUCUCAUCGACUACUUCGCCAAGGAGUUCCUUAAGAAGCACAAGUCCGCUAGCGACCCCAGGGAAGAUGCCCGCGGUCUGGCCAAGCUCAAGCUCGAGUGCGAGUCCGUCAAGAAGGCUCUCUCAAUAGGUACGAGCGCCAACUUCUCCGUCGAGAGCCUCGUCGGGGGCAUCGACUACACAGCCACCAUCAACCGCACGCGGUACGACCUCCUCGGCAACAAGCUCUUCUCCGCCUUCUCCCGCCUCGUGCUCCACGCUGUCGAGAAGGCCCAGCUCGACCCCCUCGACAUCACUGAGGUCAUCCUCGCCGGCGGCAACGCUCACACACCCAAGAUCGCCUCCACCAUCGCCAACGCCUUCCCCGAGACGACCACCGUCCUCGCGCCGUCCACGUCCACCACCGCCAUCAAUCCCUCGGAGCUCUCCGUCCGCGGCGCCUCCAUCCAGGCCUCCCUGAUCCAGGAGUUCGAGCUCGAGGACAUUGAGCAGAGCACGCACCCCAUGGUGACGGUGACUCCGCACCUCAGCCACGCCGUCGGCGUCCUCUGCAUCUCGGGCGACGAGACCAACGGCGUCUUCCACGCCAUCGUCGAUGCCGAGACGCCGCUGCCCGUGCGGCGGACCGCCAUCAUCAGCACGCCCCGCGAAGGCGGCGACGUGCUAAUCAAGCUCGCCGAGGGUCUGCGUCACAUCAAGGUCACGAAGCCGGAACCCAAGGCCAAGAAGGAGAAGGCUGAGGAUGAUUCUGACGACAGCGAUGACGACGAGAGCGACGAGGAGGAGGAGCUCCGCGAGAAGACGUGGAAGGUGAGCAAUGUGCUGAGCGAGGCGGCUAUCAAGGGCGUCAAGAAGGGCGGCAAGGUCGAGGUCCAGAUUAACAUUGGUGCGGAUCUGGGCGUGAAUGCUAUUUACAGAGAGGUUGGUGGGAAGGGCGGUGUUAGGGGGAUAAUAGCUGGGGAGAAGGCGGCAAACGGUAGUGCUUAAAUGUGAGGAAGGAAGGAUAUGCGUGCAUGUGGCUGAGUGGAAAAGCUUGGGAGAGAGAAGGGAGGGAAAAGGUGUAGAUGAAGUGACAUGAACGAAAUCAACGAGCGAUUCGUUACGGUCAUAGAUUUCGGGCUUGGCAAGGUUAGAUGGCGUCGUUUUGCUGCCGUCAGAGACGUAUAGAUAGAGGGAAUGAAUGGCUACUUUUGGC